AUGUCGAAAUCACCGAAGGAGUCGACGCGAUUUACAGCCACCGGAGUAUGGGCGCACACAAGACCAGGCGGGCGGGCAACGACGCUGCAAUUCGCGGAUCCCGCACCGAAAAACGAAACGCCACAGCAGAAGGUCAAGCGGUUACGAGAAGCAGCGAACAGGGCAAAGAUGGCGCAGGUGACGAGGUGGGAUUACAUGUACUUGUACGGCAGAAUGGCGGCGGAUGCGGCGCAUAGAUUUACCGUCUACGGCUUGAUAUUUGCAACGGGUUGCGUCGGUGUCCUCGCAGUCUUCUCGAUAGGCGACAUGAUCGUCUACAACCGCCGGAAACGAGCAAUCUACUUCGCCGAGGAGGAACGAGUCCAAGCCAGGAUCCUCGAAGCCGCCCGCAAUGCUGUCUCAGCAGGAACAGCCUCACCCGCACAAGCCGCUCUCGUCACAGGUAUCGCCGAGGAGCAAGAAGCAAUGGAGAGGAAGAAGGCAGAGCGAAAGGCGCCCUCCAAGCUGCUGUGGUGGCUGCACGGCGACUGGAAGGAGGACCAAGCAAUCGCAGAGCAGAGAAAGCUGGCGGUGGAGGAGAUUAAGCGGCAAGAAUCCCAAGGCAACUCAAACCUUGGUAUCGCUGCUGCGGUACAAGAGGCCAGGGCGAACGACACAACAUCCACAUUCACAUCAUCGACACCAGUAGUCGGAGGCCCGCUCGACAAUACAGCAGAGAAGGCAGUGCAUAAGGUGGAGGAGACGGGCAAGGGAUGGUUUGGGUUCAUGAAGGGUGGAUCGAAGAAAGAGUAG